AUGUGGUGGCUGUUGGCCCGGGAGGUGCUUCGUCUGCGCGGCUCAAUCACUCGCGAGACGCCCUGGAAUGUGAUGGUUGACCUCUACUUCUUCCGCGACGCCGAAGAGCAGGAGAAGGAGGAGCAGAUCGCUCUCGUGCCCGAACCACGCGUUAAGGCCGACACCACCGAUGCCUACAACGCCGACUGGAAUCCCGAGGCCGCGGCUGAACCGGAAGCGCCUGAAGUCGUGGCGCCGGUGGCUAUUGGAGGACAACAGGACUGGAAAAUAACGGCCCCCGCAGAGGACCAGUGGACUACACCCGCCGCCACCGCUGUUGACGACUGGGGCGCUCAGACCACUGACUGGACUACAUAG